CUGAGGAUGGCGUGGGAAGCGUCAGUUUUCAUUCUUGCAGAACCAGAGUGAAGGGGCUAAGUAGCCACGCUUACCUUUGGUAGAGUUGGGGCUCCCUGGUUUGUCUGAGCUUCCACUGGCCCCUUCUCAAUUCCCAUACAUGACAUGAUGUUGAAGUACACAUGCUGGGGCAGGCGUGGUUGCUUUGUCGAUGGCUCCCUGGGUCUUACCCAAGAGCUGGAGGAACUAUCGUGCAGCCUUGCCUCCUGGUUUAUGAUGUUUGGUAUUAGAGGGAACCCUGUGACACAGGUAUACGUGUGUUUCCAAGCAGAGCAUGAUGUCUGACAGCCAUCUACAUCACUCUCCCUCUCUCUCUUUCUCAGAAUCAACUUGUACGAGUUGAUGAAGAACAAUAGCUUUCAAGGCUUCAGUCUGUCCAUAGUCCGGCGCUUCACCCUUUCUGUUCUGAAGUGCUUACAAAUGCUUUAUGUAGAGAAAAUCAUCCACUGUGAUCUCAAGCCGGAAAAUAUCGUACUAUAUCAGCGGGGCCAGGUCACUGUUAAAGUUAUUGACUUUGGAUCAAGUUGUUAUGAACACCAGAAAGUGUACACGUACAUCCAAAGCCGUUUCUACCGAUCCCCAGAGGUGAUUCUGGGCCACCCCUACAACAUGGCCAUCGAUAUGUGGAGCCUGGGCUGCAUCAUGGCGGAGCUAUACACCGGAUACCCACUGUUCCCUGGGGAGAAUGAGGUCGAGCAGCUGGCUUGCAUCAUGGAGGUGCUGGGCCUGCCACCUGCCCACCUCGUUCAGACGGCCUCCAGGAGACAGAUAUUCUUUGAUUCCAAAGGUCUUCCCAAAAAUAUAACCAACAACAGGGGAGAGAAAAGAUACCCAGACUCCAAGGAUCUCACGAUGGUGCUGAAAACCUACGACUCCAGCUUCCUAGACUUUCUCAGAAGGUGUUUGGUAUGGGAGCCUUCUAUGCGCAUGACCCCUGACCAAGCCCUCAAGCAUGCCUGGAUUCACGAGCCACGGAAACUCAAAACGCGGCCCAGGCCACAGAUCCUAAGGAAGUCCAGUUUAUGUACGUCUUCUGAGAUAAGCAAGAACAAGGCGGAAGAGCGUCACUCCAGCGAAAGCAAAACAGAUGAGACCACCAAAGAAACCACAGACAAACUAAAAGACGACACUGAGAAGCCCGGUCAGAAUUCAGGCAAACAGCAGAGCUCUCUCCAGCACACGGCUGACACAGUCCAGCUGCCUUAUCUAGCAGAAACUUCUGGAAAGCCAGAGACUGUUGCUGGGCCAGAGGUGUCUGCAGAACAACAGUGCACCUCCUCCCCCAAGAGCACGAACAUUUUACCACCCAUCAUGUGACCCCCACGGAGGGUGCAUCCUGUUCCUUUCCACCAUCCAUUUGUAUCAGAGAAGGCACUUUGAUUGUACAAUACUUCACACUGCUUUUUUAAUGCAUAAAGGUUUGUAAGAAAAAUCAAACUCUCUUCACACGGUGAGUUGGCAUGAUUCCUCCAGUAAAGGUGGGGGGGGGCUUUAUCUGAACAUAAUUUUUUAGGGUGUAUGUUGUCUAGGGGGCAGUAUUGAAUGCUACAGCCUCAUUCACAGAACUCUAAAUAAAAUCGUAGCUAUUCUUGUCUGUGACUCUCAAUCCGUGUCACCCAGGAUUCUCUCGUUUUGCUUUACGUGAAUGUGAUUGUAUAUGUAUGUGUGCCG